GACGUGGUGGGAGAGCGUGCUGCCACCAAGCCCGGAGCUGGCUUUCAGAAUGCAUACAUAAUUCGCGGCGCUGCCUCCCGUUCAUCUUUCACCACCCCCGCUGCUUUCCCCCAUCCAGCCUUAGCACUCUCACACACAACAAGACCGCACGGAGGGGCCGCCGCAUGAAAACAACAAGAGGCAAAGGGAAGCACAAGGGGGAGGGGAGAUAACAUGAGAGCAUGUGAAUCAGAGGAAGGGGAAAAGCAAGAGGAAACGACCAUUGUUGCGAAAAUGAGAAGAAAAGCCUGAGCAAAAUGGAGCUAAGGCUCAUCCGGAGAUUAACCCGACCGAUCCAAUGCUGCAGCGAUAUUCACAAUAUGCAGUGAGAGGACAGUGAAAGGACCCAGGCUAACUGCCAGUUGCAGACUUUCUUCUCCGUUUGGCCAGAGGUGGUUGUGGCAGCGGCAGCAGCAGCAGCAGCAGCAGCAGCAUCAAGCCACUGGGGACAAUGCACCAAAGACAGAGAGGCUGCAACACUGGAGCUCUGACACGUUCUGCUGAUGCACACAGACACACAAGUUCCUGGAAGAGAACUACAUUUCCGUGUGUCUACUAUGCCAAUAAAAAACACCGUUUCUUAUACCUUCGUAUUAAGAAAGGAGAUCCUCAUCAAGAAAUUGAUGAGGAUCUAAGCUGCAUCUGAUUGUGAUUUGGCCUGGAGAGACGAAGAGGAAGAUCAGCGGGUGAGGUACUUCGAUUUAAACGGAAAAUCACUGGACUUCAACAAAUUGAUUUAGAUAUAUGGAAAUCAACUAACAACAGGGGGUCGAGGUCAUUCGGCCAACUCUCCAAAUAAACUUCCCUUUGUCUGUGGGAAUCAAGACCUGGUCAUCUGCUGCUGAGAAGUGACCUUACAAGACUGAUGCCCGAGUGAAUUCCGGCUGGCAGAACCAUGCAGUGGAGACGACGCCACUGCUGUGCACAGACAGCUAAGCUCCUCUAUCUGCUCUCACUUUUGGGUGUAUUGGUGUUUCUGGUCCACCAGGUGUGGCUGCCCAGGCUCACAGAUAUGCCAUGGUGGAGAGGCCAUCCUGUGGUGUAUGGAGGUGGUGAACUUGAAAACGCCAAAGCCAAACUGAACAUGAGCUCCCAACAUUCGGUGUGGAGGUUCGUCAUUGUCCCUCAGCCGACUUUCAAGGCUGAUGCCAACGUCAGCUUCUAUGAGAGGGACGGCGUCUUCCCUCCUCAGCAAGACCAGCGCUUCGAGAACACCCUGGCAGCCAAUACGAGCCAAAGUGAAGAGGGAGAUGAUAGAAGAGCAAUAACAAACGGGCCUUUCCCUUAUAUUAUCAAUGAGCCGGACAAGUGUGUAGAAAACAGACCCGCCCCAUUUCUGGUGUUACUGAUAGCCACUGAGGCUCGGAAGGUGGAGGCAAGGAACGCUAUACGUCAGACGUGGGGGAAUGACAGUGUUGCCCCGACUCUGGGAUUCAUCCGGCUCUUCAUGCUUGGGAAGAAGGAGGGAGAGCUCGGACUUUUGCAACAAAGGAUGCUGGAAGCAGAGAGCAAAAGGCAUCACGAUAUCAUUCAGCAGGACUUUCUGGAUUCCUACAAAAACCUGACCAUCAAGACAUUGAUGGGAAUGAACUGGGUGGCAACGCACUGCCCACGGGCCAGCUAUGUCAUGAAGACGGACAGUGACAUGUUUGUCAACACAGAGUACCUCAUUUACAAGCUUCUCAGUCCAGACCGGAAUCCCAAGAAGAAUUACUUCACAGGAAACAACAUGAGGGGUUUUGCACCCAACCGAAAUAAAAACAGCAAGUGGUACAUGCCCCGAGAGCUCUACCCAAGCGAGAGGUAUCCCACCUUUUGCUCUGGGACUGGUUACGUGUUCUCGGGGGACUUGGCGAUGAAAAUCUACCAAGCAUCUCUAAGUAUCCAUCACCUGCAUCUGGAGGAUGUGUAUGUGGGAAUAUGCCUGGCAAAGCUCCGGAUUGAGCCCACGCCACCACCCAAUGAGUUCCUUUUCAACCACUGGCGGGUGUCUUACUCCAGCUGCAAGUACAGCCACCUGAUAACGUCACAUGGGUUUCAUCCCAAUGAACUACUAAAAUACUGGCAUCACCUGCAGACCAACAAACGCAACGCCUGCAUCCACUCGUUUAGAGAGAGGGGUGGCAGGAUGCACUCAGUCAGAAUGAAUGAAAGAAACAAGCUCAAUAACUGAACUUUUACACUGACCAGCUCUUUGUUACGCCUCUUUCAUACUGGACAAAACCCCCCCAGCUAUAUCUGGGUUUUGUCGUCAGUGUGAAACGGAACAGUCUACAUUUGUUCACAGGUCAAAUGACUCAGUUGUCACUGGAAUUUAUCAGCUUCAGCUCUGAAUGUCUAAGCUGGAAACAGGAUACCCAUGGGCACAGGCUACUUUGGGCCUUUUUCUUGUGUGCUGACAUGCAGCGUGUCAUGACAACAGUAAAAGCUUGUCGAAUUGUUGGUAACUUCUGUGCCAUCUCAGCCUCAACUCUGUUGAAGCAGCGUAAAUUAAAACAGGAUGGGACAGAUUCACAUUUGAACAAGUUUACCCAUGUUAGAAAAACCUGCAUAUACACACUAAGAUAGUUGUAAAAAGGUUGUUCAUAUGAGACCUCAAACUCUGUGUAAAUGUGGAUAAACUGAUGGAAGUGCUCCACCAUUAUUGCCAAUUCUUUCACAAAAGAUGAAAUCAUUUUUUGUGUCCGAGUCAAACCACUGGAGAGUUUAUGUACACAGAUCAAGUCUACAAAAGCUGUUACGGUGUGUGUGCCAAAGCUAGUUUUUGUAAUAAUAUAUGUAAUAUUACAUGACUUACAUAAGCUCAUACCUGGAGUCGACAAAGUACAGUGCCAAUAAACAUUUCAACAUAAUAAUAAUAAUAAUAUAUUUGAUUUAUAAAGCGCUUUUCAUGUACCCAAAGCGCAAACAUGCGUAUCAAACAGUCAGGGAAGUCAUUUGAAAAGAGGUGAGUUUCAAUGAUUAGCAGUAACAGACAGAUGUGCGAUCAGACACUUUUUAUGAAUCAAAUGAUCCAAACGUGAUACAAUACAUUUUUGGCGGGUGAAGUUGCAACUGAAUGACACAUUUGAGGAGUAAAUGUAACAAAACAGUUCUCCUUUUUGAGUAACACCCUGUUGGGACAUAACAGAAGUUUGAUGUCACCCUACUGAAGUAUUUCCUGUCUGUGGUUCACGCCGAUUCUCUUUGGGAAGGUCAAAUAGAAUUUAAAAGACCAGCACUAAGAUGUUUAAGCAUAUUCUUUUUAUGGAAUGUUUAAAGCUUAAAUAUUAUAAAUGAUUUUUACUGAACAAGAGAUUAUAGCAUCAAUUAUACUCCCUUUGGGUGGGCUUUAAGGACACGUAGUUGUUUAGAUUUAAACCUUCAUGUCUGCUUGGUGCAAUUCACGCACAGCUGAUAUGUGGCGCAGAGGAUAUGUGAAGUACACGGACGAGCGCACACCCCCUGUCUGACAAAAUUUAAUCACUCAGACCCUGGCAUUCUCGCAGAUGUGGAAAAUGUAGCACUAACAUGAGUGCCAUCUGACUGAUUCAGUGUGCCAUGACAUGGUCACAAGGAUCAUAUCUGACACGAUAAUGUUUUCCCUGCCUAAAAACACAAAUAACUUCAGUAAAUGAAUCACACUGAAAAUUGGUUGAGCAGCUUCCAGCAAAAACCAACGACUACAACGGGGACUUUCUUGAUGUGUGCAAAGUGUGAUUUAUACAUGCAGUAUAACUCUCUGGUACAGUAAGUCUUGAAGAAGCCUUGUUCUUACCGUCACAGACUUCAGGGUCAUGCCGUGGUAAGUACCCAUAGUAUCGAUCUUGAAACCCUCCGUUUCUAAGAAAAAAUGAAAAAACAAUGAGUUUAGCACUGUGGGCAGAACGAAAAUAGUUAUUUUCAAAACCAUAACUGUGCUCAAAUAUAACCAACAUUAUGAAACGUGUUUGCACCUUAAUUCUUAGACUUAAUAACGAAAAUUAAGGAAACAUUAUCACUAUAGAUUUCUCAUGUAUCUGAAAAAACUAAAUCUAAUUGAAAAUCUAAUUUUGAAAAACUCAGGUAAAUAUCCAGCAUCAGCCAAAGUCAGUCAGAGUCUCCCAGGAAUAGUAUGGAGUCAUUUAUCAUCACAAUAUACAUGACACAAGGCAGUGACAGAGCUCCAGAGACUUUUUUUGAGCCUUCCACAAGGACUAAGUGGGAAGUGUCGUCAGUUGUAUAAUAGUUCUGAGGGGAAUUUUAUCAAAGAUGGUCACCUUGUCUGCAAAAAGUAAUGUCAUGCACAAAGUAAAUCUCUGUGAAAGUAGGAAAAUCAUCUAAAUGCAAGGCAAGUUGACUUUGAGCUCAAUGUAUCUAAACUGAAUAUUUCUGUGUGACCUACACUUUUAAAAACAAUACAUAUUGUUUUGCUGCUGCAUGCAUUGUGUGUGUGCAGACUCAAUUCCCCCACUGCAAACAAUAACACAUCAGGCAGUUUGAUUACCAUUAUCAUAUUUUGGUCAUUUAAAACACUGGUCAUUAUAUUGAUUUCUAUCUAUGAAAGUUGUGCAUGCGGACAUUGCAUUUACUCAAAUGCAACACAGAAGACAUACUGUGUGCAUGUGUGUGAGUGACUGAACAAUAUCAACGUAUAAAUAAUAAUGUAAAAUCAUUAAUAAUAUAGACAAUAAUUAAAUUAAUUCAGUGUGUACAUCAGCAGAUGACAGUAAUGUGAUAACACUGAUAACUAUGAUGACUUUGGUCAUUAUAAUCAUGAUAUGAAAUGUACACACUGUUGCAUCUCUGACACAAACAACCCGAGUACGUUUGCAUGAAAUCACUGGAGUGAUUCUUUUUCACUAUCAUCCAACUUAGACUGUAAUACUGUAUUUAUCUGAAUUCAUUUUGUGUAAAUUAACCCAACCAUACAUCUGGGCUCUAUAAA